AUGGCCCUCCGAGCGCUGACCCGCACUCUGGGCUCUCUGAGCCUGGCGCCCCCGACUGCCCCUGCCGUCCAGGUGAUAAGCAAUGCCUUCCUCCAACCACCCUCUGCCUCGAUGUUGCUUCCCUGCCACCCAAUCCUUACUUUUGUGGCCCUUAAUGCCAAGUUUGUGUCCUGGAAGAGUCGUACUAAAUACACCAUUAUGCCAGUGAAGAUGAGGAAGUCUGGGGGCCGAGACCACACAGGCCGUAUCCGAGUGCAUGGCAUUGGCGGGGGUCACAAGCAACAUUAUCGAAUGAUAGACUUUCUGCGGUUCCGGCCUGAGCAGGAGACCAAGCCAGGACCUUUUGAGGAAAAGGUCGUCGUCGUCCGUUAUGAUCCCUGUAGGUCAGCAGACAUAGCUCUGGUUGCUGGGGGCAGCCGGAAACGCUGGAUCAUUGCCACAGAAAACAUGAAGGCUGGAGAUGUGAUCCUUAAUUCUGACCACAUAGGCCGUAUGGCAGUUGCUGCUCGGGAAGGAGAUGCACAUCCUCUGGGGGCCCUGCCUGUGGGUACCCUCAUCAAUAAUGUGGAGAGUGAGCCAGGCCGGGGAGCACAGUACAUCAGAGCUGCAGGGACGUGUGGUGUGCUGCUGCGCAAGGUGAACGGGACUGCCAUCAUCCAGCUGCCCUCUAAGAGGCAGAUGCAGGUGCUGGAAACGUGUACUGCAACAGUGGGCCGUGUAUCCAACGUUGACCAUAACAAACGGGUCAUUGGCAAGGCUGGGCGGAACCGCUGGCUGGGAAAGAGGCCUUCCAGCGGGCUAUGGCACCGCAAAGGGGGCUGGGCUGGCCGAAAGAUUCGGCCCCUACCCCCCAUGAAGAGUUAUGUGAAGCUGCCCUCAGCUGCUGCGCAAAGCUAAUAUCCCUGGACUCUAAUAAAAUAACUCCCC